UUCAGAAUUAAUUUCUCUUAUAAUUUUAUUUAUUUUACUAUAAAAUAAUUAAAUAUAUUAUUUUGUUUUUCAUCAAUUACAUGCAUUGUUACUUUUAAUUUAAAAUAUAUAACACGCGUAUGCCGGUAGAAUCAUUAAAAUUUUAUUUCGCAACAAGUCGGCGGCUGGUUUAGUAACUACAAUCUGCAUUUGAUGAUUAAAAUGAAAAUGUUAUUUAAAAAACGUGUCUUUUUUAGUAGAUUUAGAUUAAAAAACAGAUAUUUCUCGUCACAGUCUAAUGCAGGGGAAACGGAUAUUGCCUUUUCAAAUGGAACAACAUUGAAUAUUGUAACUGGAAAAUAUGCUCGGUUUGCUGACGGUGCCUGUGUGGCCACUCUUGGUCAAACCAGCAUCCUGUCAACAGUUGUCUCCAAAGCUAAGCAGAGCUCCAGCAAUUUCCUGCCACUGGUGGUUGACUACAGACAAAAAGCUGCUGCAGCAGGGAGAAUACCAACCAACUUCUUGAGGAGGGAAUUAGGUCCAACAGAAAGGGAAAUCCUAACGUCGCGUCUCAUAGAUCGCUCGCUGCGACCUCUAUUCCCUCAGAACUAUUACUAUGACACGCAGAUAGUAUGUAAUAUGCUUGCAAUGGACGCGACAAACCCCCCUGAAACGAUCGCCGUGAACGCUGCGAGUGCCGCGUUAGCACUUUCUGAUGUACCUUGGAAUGGACCUGUUGGUGCAGUCAGAUUGGGCUAUAUUGACAAUGAGAUAAUCAUUAAUCCAACGCGUAAAGAUUUGGAAAAGUCAAAUUUGAAUUUAGUAGUGGCAGCAACCAAUAGCAACCUGGUCGUGAUGCUGGAGGGUAGCGCUGGGGAUAUCUUACAACAGGAUCUACUGAAAGCAAUCAAAUUAGGCACCAAAGAAGCACAACACAUAGUCAGAGGCAUCGAGAAAUUACGAAAAGACCAUGGGAAAAUGAAACGGGAGUACGAACUGCCGUUACCACUGGAACAAAGCAUAAUUGAUAACAUUAAGACUUUAUCUACCAUGAAAAUAAGAGAAAUACUUAGUGAUCAUUCGCACGACAAGCUGUCCAGAGACAUGGCCAUCUCUGAACUGCGGCAGACAGUGCUCAACCAGCUCAGGGAUACGCAAGCGGAUGUGGGACUACUGCAGGACUAUUUCAAUACCCACCUGAAGCAGAUAUUUCGGGAUAUGAUAUUUGAAAGUGACACACGCUGUGAUGGAAGACAUUUAGAUGAACUUAGGAAGAUUAGUUGCCAGGUAUCUUUGUAUGAACCACUGCAUGGUAGCGCGUUGUUCCAACGCGGACAGACCCAGGUGAUGGCGACUGUCGCGUUCGACUCACCAGACAGUGCUCUCAAGAUGGACACCCUCACCAUGCUCACCAGUGGUAUAAAGGAGAAGAGCUUCUUCCUGCACUACGAGUUCCCGGGGUACGCGACGGGUGAGGUGUCCCGCGGCGGAGCACCCGGGCGGCGCGAGGCGGGCCACGGAGCCCUGGCCGAGCGGGGACUGCUGCCUGUAGUGCCGCACCAGCCCUACACGCUGCGGCUCACUGCUGAGGUUCUCGAGUCCAACGGGUCUAGUUCGAUGGCGUCUGUUUGUGGCGGCUCGCUGGCGCUACUGGACGCAGGGGUGGCGUUGUCGGCCCCGGCUGCAGGUGUGGCCAUCGGCCUCGUGUCGCGGUACGAAGGUUCGAACCUCGCCGACUACAGAAUACUGACUGAUUUGUUAGGUAUAGAAGAUUACAUGGGAGAUAUGGACUUCAAAGUAGCAGGAACGAAGAAGGGGAUCACAGCGCUCCAAGCUGACGUGAAGAUACCAGGACUGCCUCUCAAAGUAGUUAUGGAGUCAGUGCAAAAAGCUUGCGACGCGAAGAGCAAGAUCAUUGAUAUUAUGAAUCAGUGUAUCGAUAAACCUAGACAAACGCGCAAGGAGAAUAUGCCUGUGAUAGAAGAGAUGCAGGUUGAGGUCCACAAGAGACCGCGGCUGGUCGGACUCGGGGGUAUCAAUUUAAAAAGGCUGUAUGUCGAAACUGGAGUGCAGGUGACUCCAGUAGAUGAAACUAAGUACACCAUAUUCGCACCAUCUCAAGCAGCCAUGGACGAGGCGAGGGCGCGUAUAGCCGAGUGGCUGACGACAGAACGGACGCCAGAACUUGAAUUUGGUGCUAUAUACAAAGCCAAAGUGGUCGAAGUCAGGGAUAUUGGAGUAUUAGUAACGUUAUACCCAAGUAUGCCGCCAGCUUUAGUUCACAAUUCACAAUUGGAUCACAGAAAGAUAAUGCACCCAUCCGCGCUCGGUCUGGACGUGGGCUCCGAGAUCCAGGUGAAGUACUUCGGGCGGGAUCCGGUGUCCGGGCAGCUGCGACUCUCCAAGAAGGUGCUCACUUCACCGCCACCAGCACACGUGAAGAAACUCGACAAGAGCCUCGACUGAACCUAUAGAAAUACUGUGAUAGUGUAGAUUAAGAACGUGUAUACAUAUGUACUAUGUUUAUUUAACCCAGGACAAUUCACACAAGGCCAAACUAAGCAGAGCUUGUAUUAUGGGUUGUAGAUAACUGAUAUUAAAACAUAGAUUCAAUUUCCCUUUUUGUAAAUACGUAUAUAAUAUACCUAGAAAAA